AAGCCAUCAGACUCUGCUGCAAUACGAAUAUUUUACCAAAUUUUACAUGAUAAUAUCUCCAAGACCGAGGUGUUGUGUUUCAACAGACCCUCUCGUAGAUCAUCACAUGCUAGAAUAAGACAUCCAUGGAAAAAGGCGGUGUCUUGUGCGGGUUGAACUGAGAUCAACGCCACAGAUAGCCAAAACCAACCAACGCCAAACUUGAUCAAGAACCAGCGACAUAACGAUCCUGAAGAAAAGCCUCGUUUAGGUCUUAGCAAGUAUCCUCUUUUUUUCCAUUUCCAGUGUCACACGACUCUCUAUUUUCUUCUGUUCUCUACUUGUCUCAGCGGCCUAGUCACGCCCGUCGAGUCCACCCCGAAUCCAUCACUCGACCCAGUCUCUCACAAGCCUGGCUCUGUACAUCUAAGACCUGUACCGUAGGUAGUCCAUACUACAUGUGUGCGUGCCCCGGUCACGGCCACGGUCAUCAAUACCUUAUAUCUCCGAACCCAACAUGCGGCGGGGGAUCCAACCUCCGUUGCACCCUUGUUAAUCAAUCUGGAUUCAAUAAACACUCUCGACUCUCACCACUCUCACAAGUCUCGGCCAAAACGUAGCCCGAGUCCCCCGAAACGGAAUUCGAGUCAGAGCCUGAGCCCGAGUCAGGGUUACGGCCAGAACCAGCAGCUACAUCAUCAUCAGAAUCUUGGUCUUGAACAUAACGGCCAAGGUCUACGCCACAUCUAUCUACGACAUAGCCACGACCACGACGACCACGAGCAACAUCUUUUAGAUCUGGGGAAAAAGCAACAUAAUAUUCCCACUAACGGAUCCUCUCACUACGACACCCCCAACACCUUCACAAUUUCAUCUCCGUCAGAACCCAUCACAACGGUGCGCUCAUCGCGCCGUGAUAAACAUCUCCACUCUACAAUACCCAAUACCUUCUGGCCCUCCGGCUUCAACCCUCUCAGUCGCAUAGUAGUCGGCGCCGUCCACUGUUCUGCCCUCCCACCAUUCUCCUUCACCAUGUCCUUCCGAUCCAAAAUCCCAGAGACGCCCCGCGUCAUCUCGCCGAGUCCCACCCCAUCCGAGCGCGAUGCCGCCGAUUACAUGGGCCCCGUUACACGCUCGGCAGCCCGGAGACGGACACCCACGCCGCAACCGCUCGAGGAGGAGCCCGAUGAGGAUCUACCCGAGCCCCCCGAGUUUCGACGCGCCCGAACCCGCAGCCGCUCGCCGAUUGAUACACAGGCCGUGACACGCUUGACGAGGCGCACGAGCACUGCUGCUAAGGCGGGCAAGAUGUCCAAGGACACUAUCCCAGAAGAGCAGACGACGUCUAAUGGGGCGCUCAGCAGUAACGGCAACGGAAAGUCCACGACAUCAAAUGGUCACCUUGCGCCGCCGCAACCUACAACACCGGUGGGAUGGUCCUGGCGUGACUUUAGCCGAAGUCCCAGUCCCUUGGGCCUUAUUCCCAUCCACCGACACUGGAGAACCUUCGUACACAAGCACGAGGUACCCCGCAAGGUUCUCCACGUGUCGAUCGGUUUCUUCGUUAUCUGGCUCUACGUGACGGGAACUCAGACAACAUCAGUCACACCAUGGCUCAUGUCAGCGCUCAUCCCAAUCGCCGCAACUGACUGGCUCCGACACCGAUAUGCGUCCGUCAACCGCCUCUAUGUCAAGGUCCUUGGUGCUUUGAUGCGCGAGAGCGAGUACUCCGGCUGGAACGGUGUGAUCUUCUACCUCCUCGGUGCCUGGAUCGUCCUCUAUGGCUUCCCCAAGGAUGUGGGUAUCAUGAGCGUUCUUCUGCUCAGCUGGUGUGACACCGCCGCCAGCACCUUCGGCCGACUUUGGGGCCGGUAUACCCCUCGUCUUCGCAGAGGCAAGUCUCUUGCUGGCUCGACUGCUGCCUUCCUCGUUGGCGUCGGCACAUCGUACUUCUUCUACGGUUGGCUCGUCCCUACAGUUGGUCCCUUCCCUGGUGACGAGAACUUCCUCUUCAAGGGCUUUCUCUCACUGCCCAAGACCAUCUGCGAGGCUGUCGGUGUCUCGAAGGAGCAGACUACCAUCUCAGGUGCCCUCGCCCUGGGUGUCAUGAGCGUGUGGUCCGGCUUUGUCGCUUCCGCCAGUGAAGUGGUCGACAUCUUCGGCUGGGACGACAACUUGACAAUUCCCGUGCUCAGCGGUUUCGGUAUUUGGGGUUUCCUUAAGAUCUUCUCUUAGACGAUACAAGUCUUAGGAUGGGAGCGGCAUCUUAUGAGCAUAAAGAGCUGCCAUUUCCACCAGAUCACGGUGCAUAUGAGACACUGAGCAAUCACGUAUAUGCAACGCAUUAGUCUGACAUUGUGCAUGCAUUGGGGGUUUAUGUAUAUACCCUACUCUCCCCUCGUAUCCCCAUCUUUUUUUUUUCUCCUACUCCUUCUUCUUUGUGAAAGCAUUUGUCUUUUGAAAAUGGGUCUGCUGGAGAUUGAGUCUUUACAUAUGUUCUCGGCAUCGAGGGCAUUGUUUUGGGUUUGUACUUUAUUUUGCUAGGCUUGCGAGAUGGGAACGGCGUGCGGAAGAGGAGGACGAACAUGAAACCCCCUUACCAAAAAUCAACAUAACGGCUCUCCGGUUUGGGUACCUGGCUGCGAACCUUGUUUUUAGGUGCCAUGCGGUAUUACAUCGGGAUGAUGUACAUCUAUUCCUGAACCACGGUGGAACAUUUGGAAUAGAAAAUGGAAAGGGACAGCAUGAUAUGGUGCGAUAUCUUAGGGACCAUGUAGACAGAACGAUACCACAGAGGUAUCUAGAUAACGAGACGAAACGCAUCUCCUUUUCCCUUUUCACAUACUCUUCAUGACACCUUUGCAAGAAAUUGGCUGGUUGCGCGACUUUUGACGUCUGUUGUACGAACGCCGUACAGCAUUCGUAUUGCUCACCUUCUGCUCAACGGUCUGGAUGAUACAUCCGUGCCACGAGGUGUCUGAGCUGGGAAUUCCGGUGAUAAUCAUCAUUCGGGCUGCAGAAUGAUACACGACCUCAGAGGCUCACUGUGUUCAACAGAUACUCUCGGAUGUCAUUCAACCGGGGUCAAAUCAGUUGUCCAGAUUUGUUUGAACGUUCCUUUUUUUGGCAGAUUAGGGGAAUUAACAUGGACAUGGAGGCUUUUGUCUCUCGAUUAUGUCCGGUCGUUGAAGGCGGACUUACACGACAGCGUCCGUGACAGCGGGAUUAGUCGCUCAGCUCAGAGGCGACUUCUGCUUACACGGUGGAAGGCUCUCUACGUCAUGUUAGCAAAUCAAAAGUGAGAUAUUCUGAGAUAUUUCCUGAGAGAACUCCUUCUGCAUUGGGUAAAUAGCUUGGUAUGUGUAAAUGGCUGGAGUUGCGAGAUAGAUUGGCUAAUUGGAUAUCAAUCGUUCCGUCGGCAAAGCCUCAAGUCCAGCGCAUACCAUUCACACCAUCUUCGCAGAAAAGAAAAAAAUCCAUCUACUUUGCAUCUCUAUUUAAGCUUGUCGUCCUAUUAGACGGUGCCCCAUCAUCGAACCCCCCUGCACGAAGUUGCAUCUUCCCCUCCGUGUGCCUGGGCCACGCCUUACCGCACGCAACGGCGCUGAGUUGUCCAUGCGUGAUGGAGGGUAUCAUGGCAGGGGAGGCGUGUAGAUGAUAAGUACGUACUAUUUGUAGUAUUCCGAGAUAUGUACGCUUGGAUAGUCAUGUUGCAGUCAGGACUGUGCCUUCGCAACUUGUUCGUCUUUCGCCGAAUAGUUUAGCACACAGAACGAACCAAAGGUCCGAGUCAAGUCCUGAUGGCUUUGUGAGUGGGCAAGCGGAUGCGCUGUUGGAGGACGACAUCCGCCUUGUCAUGCAAUGCAAAUGCAAUGUACUGCAAAACAAAGGCACCUGGCUUCUUGUGGAGAAACAAGUCAGUCAUCUUUCAUCUCUUUCCAAUCUCGACGAAUCUCGCGUCAGUAUUCGGUUCCGGUCAUCAUCCACCGGUUCAUCUCGCUUUCAUGGCCUCAAAUCGAUCAAUGUGAGGCGGGGAGAUCAGUCGACUUAAUGAUCUCCAGGAGACUAAAUGAUUGAAGCACAGCAGCUUGAACUAAAUCUGACGCACAGCUCGCAACGCAGGGCUCGCAAGUCAUGCCACCUAGGUGAUAGGCCCCCGGAUUUCGUGGUAGGACUUGCCAUUCAAGGCAUAACAAGACACGAUCAUCGCAAGUGAUGCGCAACUAACAAGAUCGCGAGGUGGAUGAGCCAGGAUGGUGCUCGUUUGAUGCCGACGCUGAUCGGACGUCGCUCAAGGACAUCCCAGGUCCGGGGACGCAGUAACAGUAAGACAGAAGAGAAAGUUACAACGGAUUUCGAAAGAAGCAACUACCCGUAUCGGAUGUGCAUAAACCGUGACAGCUCUUGAAGAGUUAAGUGACGACUUCAGGUUCUGAGUGGCGGGUAGCGACAGGAACCGUUGAAGACGUGUCACAGUGGCUCAUGAUAGCAACGUCAAAGGGGCGCCGUUGUCGCAGACUCCAGAACUGUCACCAUACAGCAUAGCUGCAGCCCAGAAGCUGCGCAUAGCCGGGGUAACGUCUCCAUUCGUGGUUGCCGGUUGACAGGCCGGGUUUGUAAGGGACCUCCUACAACGAGCGUUGGUCCGGCUGUGCAGCAUAUGCAGAGUGUAGGGGUUUAGGCCAGGCGAAGAAGGUAUUGAUAUGAUCAGUGAUGAAUAUUUUCCCAAUGUCGAGUGCUCAUGUGGCUGGUCGUUUCCCUCAUGGCUCAGGCUACCAUGAGACAUAUGUGGAAAUUCGAGAGAGCAUCUUUCUUAGUCGAUGUCAACCUUGCAAAGACUUUGGACAACCCGAAGAUCAGGAUUGGGCAUUUCAUUUCGGCUCGUAAUCUACCCAUAUCGGUCUCUACGAUAGUCUUCGAUGAACCAUAUCGGCUCAGACGCAACGAUUAGAUCAACGGUCCUCGCGAAUUCUCUUCAAGAUUCGUCAGACAAAGCUCGCAAGCUAAGAGUCCAUCUAGGACAAAUCUCCAAGCAUGUACCCUGUCACAGAUAGUCUGAGCUAACUGUGCCAAUGCUCACCAAGUAGAUAGAGAUGGUGGAUGGUGGAUCUUGCGGUGUACCUUGUGGUGACUGGUCGGUAGUAGCAAGCGGGGGAGGGGCGAGAAAUAAGGAAGAAAUGCCGUAUGCACUGAAAAGACCCAUUGCAAUGGAUGCAAUCAUGCUACAUUUGUCCAAGCAUUAUCCAAUCAAUUGUUGACAGAAUUUGACCGAUUCUUUUCGCCAAUGGAAUGCCGUUGGACAAAAGGUUGAACAGAUCGAGGGUGGUGAAGUCGAAAGCUCGAGAAUUUGGACAUGAAGCAUCUCAAAAGUCGUGUUGAAGUCGUGAUAGUGGAUCCUUAGAGUUGUAUCCAGGCGAUGGGUUCUCUGUGUUACAUGGCCCGUCAAUUGCUUCAUGACGAGUUCAAUUGAGUUCUGUCAACAAAAGACAUCUCAGA